GAGAGAGAACAUGAUAUCAGCUCUGCCACCGACCGUCUUUGAUCCACUCACCGCCCUCACUAGCAUCGAUCUGGGAUUGAAUGGGAUUUCAAGCCUGCCAAGCGGUCUGUUCAUUCGUAAUACACAGCUCCAAAUCAUCGACCUGUUCAACAAUCAGAUCUCACUGAUCACCGCCUUGCCUUUCGCAACCGUAGCACAGAUUGCGUCGCUGGAUCUAUCAUUAUUAGCGAAUCCAAUGGAUGACUGCUCUUGUCGUCGCAUGGAGUUCGAACACUUGAGGUUUUUGAACCUGACAGCAAAUGAAGUGGAGAUGGGCAACGACCUGAACUUGUUUGGAACUGGUGCAAACACUUGCCCUCAGAUAGCUUGCACAACCGAGAACUCAGUCCGGCCUGACUUCCAGCUGCUGCAGUCUGAUGCGUUUCAAACGACACUCUUCUGCCUGGGUGGUGUGGACGUGCCAAUAUCAAGCGCUUCAUUCCAGGCACCGCUGGACAUUGGAUUCGUGUUGAAUGGAACGAUCUUGCCUCUAACAAUACCUACUGUGCCCAGACUGGUGGUUCUAGGGCCAGGUGGUGCACCAGUUCAAAAUGGGAAGUACGAGUGUGACACAACGAUCGGUACCUUGACCAGUAACAAUGUCAUUGCUCAACCUAGCUCUUCUACAACCUGCCCACCUGGAUUCACUGGCCACUAUCUGCGCUGUGUUGAUAUUGAUGAAUGUGACACGUUUAUGUGCAACGUGAAUGCGACGUGCUUCAACUUGCCGGGAUCGUUUGAAUGUCGCUGCAAUGCGAUGUUUGUCGGUGAUGGACUGACCUGUGUGCUGGAGGACGAAUGCGAUAGCGGAUCACACAACUGCAAUCUGACCGUGUCUGAGUGUCGCAACACUGCCGCCAGCUUUGAGUGUGACUGCUCACCUGGGUUUCAGCGUGACGGUGGUGUCGGUGAUUGCCUGAAUAUCAAUGAAUGCACCACACAGUCACCAUGCGCUUCCAUAAUCGGUGCAAUCUGUACGGAUACGUUUGGUUCGUUCUUCUGCUCAUGCGGACCAGGAUACACGCAGUCUAGCGGUGCAGGUGAUCCUCUCGUUUGCGCCGAUGUGAAUGAGUGCUCGGCUGGUACGCACAACUGCGACCUUGUUCUGGGACGCUGCAGCAAUAUCCCCGGCACUUUCUUCUGCCAAUGCAUCAGCGGUUACGUUGGCAACGGUCUGCCCGGUGGCUGUCAAGACCAGAACGAAUGUACUUUCUUCUCACCGUGCGCUAGCUUGCCGAACACUGUGUGCAACAACACAGUCGGGUCGUUCAACUGUCCCUGCACCCAAGGGUUUGUCUUCAAUAAUACGCAAAUGAUCUGUGUUGAUGAUAAUGAAUGCGCCAGCAUGGUACACAACUGCCAUCCUGAUGCUACCUGCAUGGAAGUUCUGGGAUCUUUUGAAUGUAAUUGCAGAGUUGGUUUUACUGGCAAUGGUACUUUCUGCCAAGAUUUUGACGAGUGCAACACUGCAAGUUUCGAUCCAGGCUGCGAUAGGAAUGCGACUUGCAACAAUACGAUCGGAUCUUUUGGGUGCUCUUGCAUCAGUGGAUUCGUGGGCACUGGCAUGGAAUGUCAGAAUGAUAACGAAUGUGAGCGCUUCCCAGGGCCGUGCAGCAAUCAGUCCACCUGCACCGACACCAUAGGCAGUUUCACGUGCGAGUGCGUGCCUGGAACUGUAGGAGAUGGGUUUACCUGCGAUAACGUGGAUGAAUGUUUGCUCGGCCAGCACAGCUGCAGUGUGAACGCAAACUGCACGCACACGCCACCCAUGACCCUGCCGGUGUGUCGAUGCCGGGCUGGCUUCACUGACAACAGCGGAGCCCUGAACAGCGGUAUAGUCUGUACUGACAACGACGAGUGCCUGUUUGAGCCAUGCUCGCAGCUAGCCGGCUGCAACAACACCGUAGGGUCUUUUGUGUGCCUGGCGUGUCAAGUCGGGUACACCGGUGAUGGCUUCACGUGCUCUGAUGUCAAUGAGUGUCUCAACGUAGACAGCUGCGAUGCAUCGCGGUCCAAUUGUACCAACACUGUGGGCUCGUUCUUAUGUACAUGCUUGGCAGGCUAUCAGAGCGUUGAUGGCAUUCUCUGCGCGGACAGGAACGAGUGUGAGCAGGCCGCGUCGCCACCGUGCGCCGUCCAGUCCAACUGCAGCAACACAGUCGGGUCGUUUGCGUGCUCGCCGUGUUCGCAAGGCUUCAGCGGCACCGGCUUAGUGUGUGAAGAUGUCGACGAAUGUGCCCAAGAUCUACACAACUGUGCACCCACGGGUGGAGUGUGUACAAACGGCUUUGGCAACUUCUCCUGCAACUGCAGCACUGGUUUCGUGGGCAGUGGGACUGUGUGUGAAGACCUGGAUGAAUGUGAAACAAUGCCAUGUUCCAGCCUCGUAACAUGCCAGAACACCGUCGGAUCUUUCAUGUGUCCGCCAUGCCCGCUGGGAUUCAGUGGUAACGGCUUCUCAUGUGAAAAUGUGGACGAGUGUAUGGAAACUGGCGUACUGCAAGACAACUGCUCUGUACUGGCGGUGUGUGCUGACACGGUGGGUUCGUUUAACUGCACUUGCAUCCCUGGAUAUACUGGUAGCGGUGAUGUCUGUGAGAACGUUGAUGAAUGCAUCUCUGAGCAGCACGAUUGCCACCCAGAAGCCAACUGUACCGACACGGUCGGAUCUUUCCAGUGCCAGUGUCGAUCCGGCUUCAGAGAUGGUCAGAUCGAGAUACAGUUGCCUCCCGGUCGUCUCUGCUUUGACAACGAUGAGUGUGUUCUAGACACGCACAUGUGCUCACAGUUUGCCAGCUGUAACAACACAUUCGGUUCUUUCACGUGCACCUGUGAGGAGGGUUUUGAAGGUACCGGUUUGAACUGUGACAACGCUAAUGAAUGCACUUCAGGAACACACAACUGUGAUCCGAACGCAAUAUGUUCAGACACGAUUGGCUCAUUCCGUUGCCAAUGCGAGAACGGCUACCUGGACGAACAGUUCCAGAACGACACCUUUCCUGUGGGCCUAUUCUGCGUCGACGAAGACGAGUGUGAACGCCUGCAAUCUCCAUGCUCCAGUGUGGCGAUCUGCAAUAACACAAUCGGGAGUUUUGUCUGUCAGUGUGACAUUGGGUACAGUGGUGAUGGCUUGGAAUGCAGCAAUGUCGAUGAAUGUACCCUUGGCACACACCAGUGUGAUGAAAACGCCAACUGCACGGACACAAUUGGAUCGUUCAUGUGCACAUGCAGCGUAGGUUAUGACGACGCGGGUCUGAGUUCCGAGCCUGGACGGCAGUGUAACGACACCGACGAAUGUCUGCAGAGUGUGUGUGAUGCUCUUGUAGUGUGCACGAACACCGUCGGAAGCUUUAACUGCGGUCCAUGCCCAGCUGGCUACAGUGGCGAUGGAUUUGUCUGCUCCAACAUAGACGAGUGCGCAACAAACAUGCAUAACUGUGACAGCAAUGCUACCUGCACAGAUGGCGUCGGUUCAUUUGUGUGUAGCUGCAACAAUGGGUUUACCGGGUCCGGUUCGACGUGCUUGGACAUCAAUGAGUGCGUAAACAUAAGCGAGCAGCAGGACCGCUGUGUCGACGACACUGUCUGUACUAACUUUGUACCUGGCUACACGUGCGACUGCGCUGCUGGAUUCUCCGGUAAUGGCUUCUUAGCUUGUGAUGAUAUAGAUGAAUGUACUGAUAGUUCACAUAACUGCCACACGGACGCGUCCUGUAUGAACAGUGCGGGCAUGUUUAGCUGCCUUUGCAACAGUGGCUACACGGGAUCAGGCACGAACUGCACGGAUGUGAAUGAAUGCGAUGCACCACCUGCCAUAGAUCCGCUCCUGGAGAAUAUCAUUCUGAGCUGCUCUGACCAAGCCCGCUGCAUCAACCUUCCAUCCAGUUUCAUGUGCGAGUGUCUGAGCGGCUUCGAAGGGAGCGGUUUUGAGUGCACAGACGUGGAUGAAUGUGGACUAGGUUCACACAACUGCUCUACGCUAGGAGGCGACUGCAUGAAUACAUUCGGUGCUUUCAGUUGUAGCUGUCAACCCGGCUUCACUGGGGAUGGAGUCACAUGCUCAGAUAUUCCAGAAUGCGAGCAGUCGCCAUGCCCGAACUUUGCUUUCUGCACAGAACUGCAGGGCAGUUUCCGAUGCACAUGCAUGGAAGGGUUUGAAGUUGACGGCCUGGCGUGCAGAGAUCUUAAUGAGUGUGUACUGGGCACGGAUAACUGUGCACCGGGUCUGGAAGCCACUUGCACAAACGAACUCGGAUCGUUCAGCUGUGCGUGCAACCCCGGUUACCUUGGAAACGGUCAGCAGUGUGAUGACGUGAACGAGUGUACGGACAACACUCAUGACUGCCAUUCCAAUGCCACCUGCAGCAAUGUGCCCGGCUCAUGGCUGUGCGCGUGUGACGCUGGCUUCACUGGAUCUGGCCAGCAAUGCGCUGACAUUGAUAACUGUGCUGAUUCCAGCCUGAAUGACUGCCAUCCGUUCGCCGUUUGCAUGAACCUGGAGGGCUCAUUCCGCUGUGAAUGCCAACAGGGUUUUGAAGGUAACGGGACAUUCUGCCAGAAUAUCAAUGAGUGUGAUCUACCCCAACCUGUGUGCACCAAUGCUAACUGCUUGGAUAGGACGCCGUCAUUUGAAUGCGACUGCUUCAUUGGCUACAGUCCUACCAGUCCAACAGUCUGUGAUAAUAUCAACGAAUGUCAACUUGCGCUGGACAACUGCAACGCCAAUGCUACCUGCUCAGAUAGUCCAGGCUCGUUUGCUUGUACCUGCAAUGAUGGCUACACUGGAUCUGGUGUUCAGUGUGACGACAUUGAUGAGUGUGGGCUGAACUUAGACGACUGCGUAAUGGCAGUGGGGACACUCUGCACUAACAACUUUGGGUCGUACACAUGUGAAUGUGCGAGCGGAUUUGAGCGCGUUUCACCCAUCCAAUGUAGAAACACUGAUGAAUGUGCUCUGGACGUAGACACAUGCGACGAUACCACGACAAUAUGUCAGGACACUGCCGGGUCCUUCCUUUGCAAUUGCAUCGAUGGAUUCGUACCGGUGUCGAAUACCAUGUGUCAAGAUGACAAUGAGUGCAUACGCGAUCCUCCGCCGUGUGAUGCCAAUGCCACCUGCACUAAUGUGCCUGGGAGCUUUGAGUGCAACUGCAGUCUUGGUUUCCGAGGCAACGGAUUAAUGUGCCAGCCAUUCCUGCCCUGUGAAGCUAACCUGGUGGAGUGUGAACCGAAUGCACUCUGUGUGCCGGAAAGUCUGGAAGAGGCUGCGUGCCGUUGCACGCCGGGCUAUACGGGAGUUGGGACGGUUACUGCGCCAUGUGAAGAAAUCAAUGAGUGCAUAAAUCAAACCAGCUGUCCUGUCAACACAACGUGUAUGGAUCAGUUCAAUUCAUUCCGAUGUGAAUGCGGCGAAGGAUUCAUUACCGAAGGGCUACUAGAGGACACAACUUGCAGAGAUCGUGAUGAGUGUGCUCAAGGAAGCGUAUGCCAGGAGAAUUCAGACUGCCGGAAUACGGUCGGGUCGUUCCGCUGCGUGUGCAGAGAUGGCUUUGAGCUCAUCGACAACGCAGUGUGCAUGAACGUCAACCAGUGUUCCGCUAACACACACAACUGUCAUUCAAACGCAACGUGUAAUGACCUCCCGGGUCUCUUCCAGUGCACAUGUAAUACAGGAUUUACAGGUAACGGUGUGACAUGUACUGAUAACAUCGAAUGUGAUAUGCCAAUGCAGUGCCCUGUCAACUCGCAGUGCGCAAACAGCAUAGGAUCAUUCAGGUGCCCUUGCAAUGUCGGCUACGAGGCGGAGACGAUGGCGCCGGACGGACGCAUCCUGUCCUGCGGGGAUAUCGACGAAUGUAGGAAUUCUUCGGUUUGUGCUCAGCUAGCAACAUGCAACAACACUAACGGCAGUUUCCUAUGCACAUGUUUGCCUGGGUAUACGGGUAAUGGACGAGUGCAGUGUGAUGAUGAGGACGAGUGCAGUACCGGUGCACACAACUGCUCUCGUGUUGACGACGAAGCAGUGUGCAUGAACACCGUUCCGGGAUUCAUGUGCAGCUGUCGCCAGGGCUACACAGGAGAUGGUGUCGUGUGCGAGAAUGUGAACGAAUGUGACUCGGGAACGCACGCCUGCCACGCCAACGCAACCUGUAACGACACGGUAGGAUCAUUCGCGUGUCAGUGCGACACUGGCUUCACAGGCGCUGGCAUGUCCUGUAUGGACAUCAAUGAGUGCACACUGGGUAUUGCUACAUGUCCAGAAAACAUUUCCAUGUGCGUAAAUCAGCUUGGCUCGUAUGCGUGCCCUUGUGGUCCUGGUUACACUGGAUCUGAGGCGGAGAACUGUUCGGAUAUUGAUGAAUGUACCCAGAGCAACCCUUGCAGCAUCGGUAGUCAGGAGUGUUUCAAUACCGAUGGAGGCUUCCAGUGUGCCUGUGCUCCUGGCUUUGAAGAUCGGCGAGACUUGAACACCAGUGACAGCGAUCUCGUUGAACUGCAGUGCAGUCCCGUCAACGAAUGCGAACGUACUACUCACAAUUGCAGCAUGGAUGCCGAAUGUCUGGACCGCACGCCGUUCUUCGCUUGUGUUUGUCAUGCUGGGUACAGUGGUGACGGAGUGGACUGUGCUAAUCUGAACGAGUGUGAAAUAGACAUGGCCGACUGCCAUGACAACGCCACUUGCAAUGAUACGAUUGGCUCAUUUGAAUGCACCUGCGAGUCCGGACUGUCUGGCAACGGAAGACAAUGCAACGACAUUCCUGAAUGUUCAAUCGAGCCAACCCCGUGCGCAGCAGGACGCUCGGAAUGCUUCAACUCCUUUGGCAGCUUUUCCUGCGAGUGCUUGAUGGGUUACAACGGGUCCGGGUUUGUCUGUGAGGAUAUAGAUGAAUGUAUGGAGGACGUGGACGCAUGUGAUGCUAACGCACUGUGUACGAAUACAGUGCCAGGUCACAGCUGCACCUGUCUGCCUGGAUUCACCGGCUCUGGUACGUCCUGUGAGAAUAUUAACGAAUGUCAGCCCACCCACAACUGCAGUGCCAACGGCACGGCACAGUGUACGGAUACUGACGGUGCGUUCAACUGCUCAUGCCGCCUCGGUUACACAGGUGAUGGCUACACCUGUGUGGAUGUCGAUGAAUGCCUGCUCGGAAGCGGUGUAUCCAGCUGUGCCGAGAUGCUCAGUGUAUGCUCAAACACACGCGGGUCGUUCGUCUGCCUGCGUUGCACGACCGGCUUUGAGGGCAAUGGAACAGCAUGCAAUGAUGUUGAUGAAUGUGACCGCUCUCCAGAGUCUGCCUGUGCUCUUGACCGCAGUCAAUGUAUGAACACAAGAGGAUCGUUUGAAUGUCCGUGCAAUGUAGGCUAUCAGCCAGACGAGGAGUCUCCUCUGCUGUUAUGCCGAGACCAUGAUGAGUGUAUCCUGAGCGUGGACAACAACUGCUCGGCAAACGCCUCAUGCGAGAACAGCAUUGGAUCGUUUGCUUGCGUCUGUGGUAUGGGAUUUACCGGUGACGGCAUGGUCUGCUUGGAUGUUGAUGAGUGUAAUCUUGCCACGCAUAGCUGCAUGCCAUUCUCAAUGUGUCGCAAUACCGCCGGCUCAUAUGUCUGCCCCUGCCUGGCCGGCUUUGAACUCGAUGACAGCAGUCAGUGUAUGGACAUCCAGGAGUGCGAGCAAGGCCUGGAUGAUUGCAUCAGCUCAACAACCACGUGUGCAAAUAAUAUCGGCUCCUACCAGUGUAACUGUCUGGAUGGCUAUGUGCCGAACCAGAACUCUGCAAACAACUCCUUCUGCUUGGACUUUGAUGAGUGCAGCAUUGCAUCGAACUGUGGGGUCAACACGAUCUGCAACAACACCCCUGGAUCGUUUCAAUGUGAUUGCCAGCCGGGAUACAGCCGCAUCGAUUCUGGGCCUUGCAUGAAUGACAAUGAGUGCAUGCUGGGGACGCACAACUGUGACAUGGCGUCCACAAUGUGCCGAGACCAGCCCGGUACAUUCGACUGCCCAUGCCAAGAUGGCUACGAGGCCUUCGAGGGUGGCAAUGCUACUCACUGUGGGGAUAUCCUUCUUAACUGCAUAGGUAACACAGUGGAUAAUUGCAGGGAUAACUCUAUGUGUGUGAACACGAUAGGCAGCUUUGAAUGUCCCUGUGUUGCUGGAUACGAAGACAAUAGUCAAUCAAUGGAGUGUGAUGAUAUCAAUGAAUGCGAUCGACAGGUGCACUCGUGUAACGUGACAUUUGCCAACUGUGUGAAUCUGGAUGGGAGCUACGAAUGCGAGUGCAGGGCUGGCUAUGACGAUUUGGCGCCAAGCAGCUCACCGGGCCAGGUAUGUAUGGAUAGGGAUGAGUGUGGCAGUACGGACAACUGUCACCGUCCAUUUGGUAGCUGUACGAACAUUCCGGGCAGCUAUGAAUGCAGUUGUGUGCCAUUCACCAGUGGCAACGGAGUCAUGUGUGAGCCAAUCGACGAGUGCCAAGACCCUGCGCUUCACAACUGUGCGGUGAACGCUACAUGUACAGAGUUGCCUCUUGGCUUCUCCUGUAUGUGUGAUCAGGGCUACACUGGGGAUGGUGAAGUAUGCAACUACGUUCCCAAGUGCAGCGGGUCCACGCUGAACAACUGCAGUGCUGGGCGAUCUGAGUGUACUGAGGACUUCCCAGGCUUCCAGUGCACCUGUCUGAGUGGUUAUACGGGAGAUGGAGUGCAAUGCAUUCCCAUUGAUGAAUGUUCAACCAAUGGUCACAACUGCCAUCGCAAUGCUUUCUGUAGGGAUUCCACGCCAGGUUUUCAGUGUAACUGUGUGACUGGAUAUACCGGAGAUGGCGUGUUCUGCAUGGAUGUGUUUGACUGCAUGGUGGAUGGUCGCAACUGCAGCGAGAACGCGCGCUGCGUCAACCAGACUGGACCGGAGCGUUGCAAGUGCCUGGUCGGCUUCACCGGUGAUGGAUUCAGCUGUGUUAAUGUCGAUGAAUGUAGCCUGGCCUCACACAACUGCCAUGCGAAUGCGAGCUGCACCGAUACCACACCGCUCUUCAACUGCAGUUGCCAGACUGGCUUCAGUGGCAGCGGCACGGAAUGCUCUAACAUUGAUGAAUGUAUGCUGGGGAGUGUCACUUGCCCAAGCAACUCAACAUGUAACGAUACCAUCGGAAGUUACCAGUGCCUCUGCGACCCUGGUUUCGCUUAUAAUCCCGAUGAGACAGAAUGUCAAGAUAUCAUCGAGUGUGACAGUAAUGCCAACAUCUGUCCUGAAGAAGUUAGUCGGUGUGUGAACACCGUAGGCAGUUACCUGUGUCCCUGUACUGACGGCUAUAACAGAACUGCAAACACGGGGGAAUGCGAGAAUAUCAUUGAAUGCUUGUCGGAGGACCUGCACAACUGCGAUGCCAAUGCUAACUGCACGGACUUGAUUGGUACAUUCCAGUGUCGGUGUGCCGUGGGUUUUGAGGGUAGUGGGACCAACUGUACUGACAUUGAUGAAUGCCUGAUGCCAGGUAUGUGUGCCGCAAACGCUGUGUGCACAAAUACACGCGGUACGUUCAUGUGCAUGUGCGAAACCGGCUAUUCUGGAAAUGCAGUUGAUAGUUGUGAUGACGUGGAUGAGUGUCUGCAGGUGCAAAUGCCAUGCGGUGCUAAUACUGUGUGCAAUAACACUAGAGGAAGUUACAUGUGUACAUGCCAGACCGGCUACACAGGUGAUACAAGUGAUGGCCAGGAUUGCCGUGAUAUACCCGAGUGUACUCUGGCCAUAGACAGCUGCAACAGAACCAGCGAAGAUUGCGUCAACACUGCCGGCUCGUAUAGGUGUCAAUGCCGCGACGGCUUCACGUCGGAUGACAGUGGUGUAUGCCAAGACAACGACGAAUGUGAUCCUGACGGUGCUAUGGAGUCCUGCCCGCGAACCAAGGCAAACUGCACGAACACCAUCGGAUCAUUUGAAUGUACCUGCCUGCCGGGGUACCGUAAUGGCUUCCCAGCCUGUGUCAACAUUGACGAGUGUUCGGAGAGCGGAGACAACUGCCAUGACGAUGCCACAUGCAAUGACAACCCUGGCUCGUUUGUGUGUGAAUGCAAUGACGGAUUUACCGGCAACGGUACUAUGUGUCAGGACAUCAACGAAUGUUUGAACUCAUCUCUGAAUUCCUGUGACGGAGUGUGCCAGUGUCAAAACCUGCGUGGAGUGCAGGAUAGUGCAAGGAUGCGAGGAUACAGGUGCGUAGCUCCCCUGGGUUAUGCUCUAACCAUGGACACAGACACUUGCACCGAUGUCGACGAAUGCUCGUGUGCACGCACUGAGGACAAUGUGUUCUGCGCCGGAACUUCCACUCCUGUGCACAACUGCUCAGCCCAGGAACUGCAGGUGUGCAACAACACCCUGGGUGGAUUUGUGUGCGACUGCCAGCCAGGAGCGUUCUUUAACGCCACACAGAAUGCAUGUCGUGAGCACCCGAGCUGUACCAACGGUCUAGUUAGCUGCAGUAACGAUGCCAGCUGCUCUGAAUUUGCUGAUGGAAUCGCACGCUGUGUCUGCAACGCUGGCUUCACAGGUGCCGGACAGACCUGUGAAGAUAUAGAUGAGUGCUCCCAGAGUGGGGCGGCUGCAACCUGCGCACAGCGGCUGGUGGACAGCGUGUGUGAGAACUUCCCCGGAUCAUCCCGGUGUUCAUGUACUCCAGGUUUCAUGCCGAACAACACAGUACAACAGCCAUUCUGUGAUGACGUGAAUGAGUGCACAUGCAUGGUGGCCGACGAUGGCAGUGGUCAGUGCCAGGGGAGCAGCACGCUGGCACACAACUGCCAGGCGGACAUUGGUCAACUCUGCUCCAACCAAGUGGGCAGUUUCCGCUGUGUCUGCCGCACGGGUACAUUCUUCGACGAGUCCGCGAGGCGCUGUGAAGACCUGCCAACCUGUGCUACCAUUGCCUGCGAUCCAAACGCCGACUGCAGUAGCCUUGGUGAAGGUGAUCCUCAAUGCAUGUGCCGGCAAGGCUACGUGGGCAACGGCAUAGUCUGUAGUAAUCAGAAUGAGUGCCUGCUGGAUCCAACAAUCUGCUCGCGGAGCAUUGACGGCAGCCUGUGCACUGAUACUGCAGGCUCGUAUCUCUGCGAGUGUGAGCCCGGCUUUGAGCUGGAUGCCGUGUUGAGUCGCUGUGUGGAUCGGGAUGAGUGUACAGCUGGCAGUCCAUGUGACGGGCUAGCUACGUGCACGAAUAGCAUUGGCAGCUUCCAGUGCAGCUGUCCGGGAGGAUACACGGGGUCAGGGAGGCCUGGAGACUGUCCCGAUCUCGAUGAGUGCAUGCUGAACACGCAUGACUGUUCUCCAGUGGCGACUUGCACAAACAACCUAGGCUCGUUCAUGUGCGAGUGUAACGUGGGCUAUCGGGGAAUGGGUCAGCAAUGUAGCGAUGUCAAUGAAUGCGGUCUGAUGGAUACAAACUUGGAAUUUUCUGUGGAUGACGAACAGGACCUUCAAGCCACUCACAACUGCAGCGUGAGGGCCACCUGUGCCAAUAGCAUAGGAGCAUUUAAUUGCAGGUGCAUGGAUGGAUUUACCGGCAAUGGAUACGUUUGUACGGAUGUGGAUGAGUGUGUAAGCGCGACUGUCCACCAGUGUCAAGACUACUCCGACUGUGAAAACACCGUUGGUUCAUUCGCCUGCCAAUGCUUCCCAGGAUUCUUCGGCAAUGCAACAUUCUGCCACUCACAAAUCGAAGUGGUCUUGCCUAAACAUGUGUUCAGUCUCGUCGAGAUGGACUACAGCCUCUACUGCAACACAUCCGGCCUCCCCAUUGCUACUGAUCGCCAGUGGUAUGGUCAGGACAGUGCGGAUGCACUCAGCACAGACCGGCUGGAGUUUGCAUCGCCGACAUUCAGCGACUCUGGAAUUUAUAGGUGCAAUGCAACCAACAGUUUGACUAGUGGUAGCGGUGCUGUGUCUGUCGUCUUCUCAACGGUCGCCUCCUAUAACUGGCAGAUGAUAUUUACCAACGAGUUUGAAGAUGGUCUGGAGGAUAUGUCCACAGUAGUCUACCAGGAAAGAGCUGCUGUUCUGGCCAGCAUUCUCCAGCAAAUCUUCGAUACUAACCAAGAUUUGUUCGAUGUUCUCAACAUGUCACUACCGACGUUCAGGGGAGGUAGCAUUAUCACAACAUUCAACACAGCCAUGGUUCAUCGUGGCAACCAAAGUUCAGCUAUGGCCCAGGAGAUUGCGCGUACAGUUGAAACCGAUGGGCCUAUGUUCUUCGCUCCCGAGUUCACGCUUCAACCAGGCAGUAUCGGUGUGCUGCCUGCCUUUAAUUUGACCGAGCAGUUGACCAUCUUGGAAAAUGUUGAAAUUAACACCGUGCAAGCUGCUGUUGAUACGACUGCCGACCUGGAAUUUUUGACCAGUGUGUCAUCCAUGCUGGAGCCCACCGAUGUGGGAGUCGUGACAAAUGUCCUCUCGAUCAUCGAAGUCAGCAUCAUUAGCGACCCGGUUGACGAUGAGGAAGGUCUGAGAGACGAGACCAAUGCAAUCACGACAGGUGUCUUGCAGGUUGUGAGUAAUGUCCUGGCCUCCCCGUCAGCUGUUCUAUUCGAAGCACAGAUAGCGCUAAACACCAGUGCAGAAAUUGUGCAAAUCCUGGUGGCCACCAAUGCACAGAAACCCAUUAUCAUGCAGACCCGGCAGGUGGCUGUGCCUCUUGAUCCCCAGAGUGAUGACAACGAGACCGCUACGGCUGUGUAUGAAGUCCUCACAUCACCAACGGUGUCGUCCACGAUCAUCGACUUUGGACGGGAAGUAUUCAGCACCACAUUCUCGUUGGUGCCAGGUCAGGGCGAUAACCCCGUUGUUCCAUCAAUGUUGAACCCAUCCGACGUAGCCAUUGGCUCGGGCAACCAGCUGAAUGACCAGCAAGCCGUGGCGCCUGUGUCGGCAUUCUUGCCCGACAGCGUUGUAGCUGCGGCUACAUGUACGCUGCCCAACGGCACUGCAGACCCAACCAAUCCAGAUUGCAGGCGGCGAAUUCACUUCAUCGUCUUCACUGCUACACUUUUCUUCACGGAAAUAAGAGAAACAGCCGGAACAGGUGAUGCAGAAACUGAGGACGCUGCAGCCACACGGGAGAUCGUCAGCCCAAACAGUUUGGUUAUUAGCAUUUCAAUUGAGCGCGACACGUCACCGGAUGUAGAAACGUUGCCUGGUGGACAGCGACUACUUCCCGAGCCAAUCCAGAUCUCACUGCAGCCCGUCUCGGGUGAUACGCAGGACCAGGUGUGCGCAUUCUGGGACUACCAGCGCAACAGUGGUAGAGGUGGCUGGAGUCAAGAAGGAUGCACAGUAAUGGGUAGCACUGAAACACACGUCACAUGUCAGUGCACUCAUUUGACCAACUUUGCUCUGCUGUUUGCGCCGGGAGCAGAACCCAACGAGGCAUUGGAGUUGUUUACGACAAUCGGUGCAAGCCUGUCUAUUGCUGGACUAGUGCUGACCAUUGUUCUCUUUUUGCUGAAGAAGGAGAUCCGUAACAACAAGCAAUCGAACAUCAUCGUCGGUCUGUCAAUAUCUCUGGUGGCUGUCCUGCUCAUCUUCCUCUUGGGCAUUGACAAGACGGAGAAUGCAGACGCAUGCCGUGCCAUUGCACUGCUCCUUCACUACUUCAUGCUGUGCUCGUUCUUCUGGAUGGCUGUCGAGGCUUACAACCUCUACGCCGGCCUGAUCAAGAUCUUCGACAGCAAAGUCAGCAACCUGUUGCUCAAGUCAAUCAUCUUUGCACAUGGUAUUCCCCUAGUGAUUGUGAUAGUGACCGCUGCAGCAGACUGGGGAGCAUACGGCAAUCAGCAAUUCUGUCGCAUUGAUUAUGGCAUUUCGUUCUUCAUCAGUCUUGUAGCUCCAAUGAUACUAACAAUGAUCCUGAACAUCGCCAUUCUGGUGAAGGUCACACUCGUACUCUCUAGGAAGCAGCCGACUACGAACAAAAACGAGAAGAAGGUGCGUCGACAGCGUAUCCGCAUCAGUAUCAGCCUGAGCGUGGUGCUCGGCGUCACCUGGAUCUCAGGUCUGCUGGUGCUGGAGAACACACACCCGGCUCCGCAAUGGAUAUUCACAAUUCUCGUCGCCUUCCAGGGCUUCUUCAUCUUCCUGUUCCAGUUUGCUUCUAACCGUGUUGUGAAGAACAUGAUCAGCACAAAGUUCUUCUCCUCCGACACGCAAUCAAAGAGUGCAGCCAGUAGUAACUCGCAGAGCCGAUCGGCUGCUGCCAAAAUGGACGGCAGCUACGAUGGCCGCCGUCGUCGCAGUACGGCGUACACGUUUCUCAACGUGUUUCGACGCACGUCAUCCGCGUCGCAGGAGUUCAGCAGCUCUAGUGGGCCCAGGCCAUCCCUCACUCCAAGCGGUGGCAUUAGCACUCUGAACUCCAAGAGAUCUACGUUGGAUUCACGCGGAGGCUCUCUAGACGAAGACUCCAGCUCAACAAGUGCAUGGGACCUACCACCAGUGAAAAUGACCCCUGGUCAGAAGGCCAAGAUGAUGCGAGAACGGAAGGCAAUGGAGGGUGGCAAGAAGAAGCCACAACCGGCCUUUCAGAUGACUGUCGUCAAAAACGACUCUUUUGAUAGCGCAGACGGCCGCUCUUUCACGCCUGAAAAUCUUGAGCCAAGGCGAUCUUCUCUUGGUAACGAGCAAAGACGAUCAUCUCUUGCUGAUGAACCAAGGAGAUCAUCGCUGGCUCCUGCCAUGGCAAUGGCGCAACCCAGACGAUCUUCACUGGAAGGUGCCGCCGAGCCCAAGAAGAUGACGUAUGGCGAGAGGGCUGCUGCUAAACGCAGGGAGCGCAUGAUGAAAGACAAAACGCUUGAAAAGCAAGACAAGAAAGAGGCGAAAAAGGAGAAGAAACUGCGUAAGCAAGCAGCUAUUUCAACAAACUCUCUCAGCGACUCCGUGACCAACAGCACAGUUUAUGUGAAUGUACCUUUGAAUGAACCGGAUGUGGAGGACACGCCAGCAAACAAGCGACUCAGCAGGUUGGAUGAGGACAACGUCUACACAACAGCCAAUCCACAACCACUGAGAGUGGCUUUGCCGGGUCAGCACACUCCUCCCGAUGGCAACCUCAAUGAAGAGGACCAACGGGCUGCGGCGGCCAAGCUGAAGGAUGACGCCAUCUCGGUCGACGCGGUGCCUCCGCGUGCCGCCACCGUCACGCGUGAGUCAAGUGUUCGCAGCACCACCUCGCCAGCACCACACACGCCUGGUCCAAUGCAUCGUGGCACCGUAGCCAGAAGCAGUGGCUCGAGUCUGCAGCAGCGAGGAGCGGACCACGUUGCGCCUAUAGGAGGCUUGGUCACUCGUGAGUCCAGCGUACGUAGCACUGUAUCCGCCUACAGCACAACACAAGCAUCCAGACCCAUGCGCAAUGAAGAGUACGAAGAUACGGACGACGAUCGCUUCACACCAGCACCUCCGCUGACACCCGAAACUGAAGAUGAAGAGAACUCAGCACUGUAAUACUCGUGUGUGAAACGAAUCCUCCCUGUAAUACGACUCCACGAAAUUUACUUUCUCUGUGCUCCUGAUCCCAUUUUGGCAUAUUUUCCUUUUGCAUGCAUUGUAUUUCGCCUUUUCUAUUAUUGAAGUUGAACCAGCCAUUCUUCUUUGGUCACAUAGCGUUUCUGAGAUAAACCGGGGCUUAUUCGAGUGGUCAUGCGUCGAAUCCUAUUUACAAUGUGGGCCAUGCUGGGAGAAAUGCCUGGCCGUCUUGAUUUAUUGCAUAAGCUGGAUUGCUCAACGACGUUCCGCGUAAAAGCUAAUUGGCUUCCGCUCUCUCUUGGCCAGGCCUUUAUCACCACUGUCUCAUGCUAAAACAUUUAUCUCCGGACAGCACCCAAUUGUAAGCAAUCACAUUUUCAGGCGAGCUGAAUGCUAAACUUUGCAGAAACAAAUGCGCAUUUCCACUACACGAUUGGAUCUAUACAAUGCAUGCCAUGUAUUUGCAGCUACCAGUAAAGCCACCCGAUCCUUGCUGCUGUGCGGCCCACUCAGUAUUGCCGCUUCACCUUAUAUUCACUGUUCAAUGCAACGUAUGGUAUCACACUUUUUACACACAUCAAUUUUGAGGAUGGUAAUAAGCACAUGUCGCCUCCUCAUGCUAUCGCUGUCAAUUCCUGCCACCAUGAUGUGCAUUUGCUAAUUAGAACAACACUGAAGAAAAAACAUUGAUGUACAUUUAA